CUUCACCCAGCACUGGGUAUGUGGGAACCUGUAAAGAAACCAUCCAGGAUUGGGUGUCUCAAGGCUUUGGAAGUCUGCAAGUUGAACCAUGAAUAUACUUAAGACUCUCUUUAUUUUUGCAACAAAUAUCUUCUCUUUAUUAGAUAAUUUAUUAAGUGGAAUAUCUUUAAGUAGGACUCGCACUUCAUAAUUCCUGUAACUGGACAGGUGUUCAGAUCAUUUUUCAUAUAAACCUAGAUAAACAGAACUUUAUGGGGAAAAAAAGUAGAAAAAAACGUAAGUAACGUGAAUAUAUGGCUCCUGCUAAGUGAGAAGUAUGCAUUUUAAAAAUCAGGUUAACAGCCCCAAAAUGUAUAUUUUAAAAGAGUCUAGGGGCAGUAACAGCCUUUUUUUUGUAAAGGAAAGUUUGCCUCGAUACACUGCCAGCAACAUCUAAAUAGUUUUAACUGUGUCUUAAUAAAGACAAGUUGGUAGAGGAAAAAAAGGGCUAAGAAAGUAAUUACAUUGGAAGCUUUCAAUAACUCAUCUAAAAUUACUUGUUUCCCAAAGAACGACUUAGACUUUGGUACCCAAGCUCUUUUCCUGUUACUAUAUGUAAAGAGGAAAUACAUUAAGAAUCCCUUUCUUCAUUUUGGGGGCUAUUUGAGAACAGAAUGAAUUAAACUGCAGAAGAAUUAAGGCAGGUAGUCAAGCUGGCAACUUUGUGGAAGUCUUACUGAUGUGCUAGUGUUGGAUAUGGCGUGGAGCGGCAGAAGCAAUUAGGGAGCAUCCAACGUUAAUAGUCUUAUCUGGUAAAGCUAGCUGAAAGUCUGUCUGUAGAAAGAAAAAUAAAGGAAACAAUGAUCGGUAGUGCAGACCAGCACCCUGCUAGAAGAUAUUAAGGUUUGCAGCUUUAAUAAAAGGCCAUUGUGCACUUAGAACGUGAGGUAUUGUUGUAAUUAAGAGCUACAAUAGGUCAUUAGAAUUGUGUUAACAAUCAGCUGACAGACUCACAACUCUUUGUAAGUCUGCUUUUAUUGAUUUAAUAGCACAGAGCUUUUCCCUUUCUUAUGAAAGGGUAAUUGUAAAGCAGCUAUAUUACUGCAGUUUACCCUUGAAUUGACUCCAGUUUUUAGUGUCCAAUGAAGAAGAGAGGGUGGGGAGCAUACUGAGUUGGCCACUGUUGUGCCUUCCUAGAUCUAAAAAUCAACCCACUGUGUCUCCUCAGGCGUGAUUUCUUUGCUGGUCUAUCAUUCAGCAUUUUAGGAUUUUUUUUUUUUUUUUUUUGGUGGCAAAGCUGAUAUAAACUUCUCAGAAUGUAUACUGAUAAGAGGAAGUGAAUAUAUCCUUGUGUCGAGUCAAAUACUUUCUUUGUCAAAUCUUUUAGAAAUCUUUUAUAAAGUGCUGAACCCAUAGAUUGUUCAGUGUUGUGAAUAUUUAUGCCUGAGUGGUUCCAAGCUUCCUCGAUUUGUUUAACAUUUUGCAUUUAUUACGUUAGUAAUUUGUAUUACAUCACAGUUCUCUCACACACACAAAAAUGUUUUUUACUUGCUUGGAAGGCUUCAAAGCCUUUGCCUAAUUUGGGAGUUUCAGAAACUUCUAAAAUAACGCACACACAUUAGUUGAUUGUGAAGGGACUGUGAUGGAAGCUUUUCUCCUUGCAGUGAAGGAGUCAGUUGCUUCCAAAUGGAGCGAUAAAGGGGAGCUGAGGACAAGGAAAGAAGACAUGUGAUCAGAGUCCUGUGUGUGACCAUCUCCUCAGCCUCUGACAAGCAGAGCAGAUCUAGCUGUAACCAGCAAUACUCGAGUGCCUCCUCUGGGAAUUUGCUGGUUCUGCAGAGAUACCCCUGCAAACAGUUCCCCCUUGCUCUGCAAGACUCCUCCCUGACACAGUUGUCAGUGCAAACGAAUAUGCAGACGUCUGUCCAUAUGUUCCUUUCAGAUCAUACUAUAGAUCUUCCUUCUGUUGGAAUUUCUUUCUGACUGUUUUGCGAAGUGCUUAUUGAAACAUGAUGCCUUUUAUUGAAGUCACAUAAAUCAUACCUGGCUCAAUGUAAAUGCAGGGAUGAAUUAAAAACUAAAAUUAAUACAGCUGAGAUAUGUUGUAAAAGUAUAAAAGAAAGGGCCCUUUAAAUAUAAUGUUACCAUUUUGAUAUUAUGUAAAUAGCUGAAAAGGACUAUGCUUUGUCACUUUGUUUUCUUUUUAAUUUACAUAGGCUUCUUCUAGUUAAUUAUGAACUAUUGUUCCUCUUUCUUUUUCAUUUCUUUCACCCAUGACAGAGGUUACUGGUGCUUAGUUGAAAUUGACUCGAUAAUCCACUUGGAGAAGUUUGCAUUCUCUGCCUGAUAACCAGAUGCACACUACAGGCUAUGUGGUUCAUUUCCAGGGCCCCUGCCUGAAUAUUUAGGCCAGUUAACGGUAGGAGGUUGUGGUCUGUGGUUGUAAUGUUAUCUGGCCCAGGGAGCUGAUGAAUUUGAUCACAGUUUCUUUACAUAAGAAGUCAAAUAUCUCAGAGCAUCCCCAGCCUCACUAAUUAAAAUGUAAAAAACUAUACUUUUUAAGUGCAAAAGAGGAGGGCUGUUUCAUCAGUAUUAAAAUUAUUGAAGUUAAUGCUAAACUUUAAAUGGUAUACAGUGAAACAAGUGGAAUGAUAGUAUAUUUCUAUAAUAAAAGCUGAAGAUGCCAAUAUUAAAUCUAGAAUGAUUAUAAUGAGUAUAUUAGGAGCAGAGAGUCAUCGCAAAAUGUAGGAUUUGUAGCAACAACCAAAUGAUCUUACAUAUACAUUCUUAUAUCCUGAGAAGUUUUCCUGAGUUGGUACCUAUUUCUAAAACUUUCAAUGGGCUGUUGUUCAAAUUCAGCGGAAAUAGUUAACGACCUUGGUGUCACAGUGCAGUAGGAAGUUCUCUCUUGAUCACCAGGGUUGUUUGGAAGGGAGAAGGCAAUUUUAAAGUCCGAUACUGCUCACUCUCCAUUUUUUGUAUCCUGGAAACAUGCAAUCCUAAAUAACAGAUCCGUUUACUCUGUUAUUCUUACUCUGCACUCCUGGCCCUUGUGAAUGGAAAUCCUGAUGAUAGCCUACUUUGAAAAUUCAAACUCAUGGUCAUAUAAAAAUUUGAGUCAGAUCAAAGCUACUUUUCUUGGCCUUUGGAGAAGAUGGUAAAUUCCAAAGAUAAUAAAUUAAAUAUUUCUCAUUCUGAUAAUGAAGAUCUUUUUAACAAACACUUUAAAUUAUCCAUUAAGUCCCAUCAUACGCAGUCCCAUAAGUAACUGGCUUUGUGACCUCGGGCAUUUCACCAGGAUUCUGUAGAUCUUGGUUUUGUUCUUAGUAAAGAAAGAAGAGUGUGCCUUUGGUUUUUCUAAUGUCUAUUUCAGUUGUGUGGUUCCACUAUUUGAGGAAUGUUCAAACAUUAGGAGCAGCGGAUUUGGGGACUUUUCUAACAGAAAACCUUAAGAGAACCAAGUCAUCACCUUCUUCAGCACUGAAGUGACUUUCCUCUCUAUGUAUCCCACAGACAUUAUCCUUAAGAGCUCUGCUUGUGUGUGGUGGUUGUAAAUAAAGUGUGGCCACAGCUCUUGAAAUUCUGCUUAUCCUGGAUUACUUUCUCUCUAUUAUGGGAUCAGGACAUCUGCUCAUUCAUGAAUGGGAGAUUAGAACAUAUCUUUCCUCGUUUUGCAUUCCUCAAAAUAUAUUAAGUGGAUCUACUUUAAAAAUAAGUAAAAGUAGCAAUGAACAAGCAUUAUUCUUUUUACAAAGCAGACUACUCUAACUCUGUGUACAGAGAUAAAUCACAGGACCUCAGUCAUGACAGGUGGCUGCAGUCCUGGGGAAAGCAAGGGCAAAUAAGGUCUUUAAAGAAGGCAUUGGAUGACUCAGGAGGCAGUCUCUUCAUUGAAUUUAAAUAAUGCUAUUAAAUACCCAAGGAAUAUUGGAAAAAGAGCAGGCUUCUUUUGCCAGACUAUUCAAAAGAACUAGUAAAUGGAAGGUUGUUCCUAAAGCAAUGGUAAUAUUUCACAGUGCCCUCUAACCACCGCUGGGAAGUGGUGUGCUUUCCACUUUUAAACAUGUAUCUUGCUCACCCUUCGUAAGGAUUCAUUAAAAAUAUGUUGCUUGUCAAAGUGUAGUUCAACUUAAAGCAAUCUUGGAAAUGACAAUUUCUUUCCAAUAGGCCAACAGCAAGAUUUUUUUUUCAUUUUGUUGUUAUUGGUACUACUAUGAUUUCUUGUACUAUUAUGUUUUAUAGAUCAGCCAGCAAAACAUCUCGGGGAAUAUCAGAUAGAUUCUGCAGGUGUUUGGCAAUCAACCAUUAUGGAUUUUUCUGAUUCUCAUGGAUUACUUUCUAUCAAGUCCCUAUCACACCAUUCUUUGGAGAAGGUUCUUUAGCAGUGGUGACCACUCCCAGGCGAACACUCUACAAACUAUUAUCUCUGGACUCCCAGGUGACACCCUGCCGGAGGCAAGAGCCACUAAGCCAACUGGAACUGUGCCUUUUCUCUUGUCAAGGUUUUUUUCUUACACAGGAAAAAGAAAGAAAAAAAAAAGAUGAAGUUGGGCAAAGUGGAGUUCUGCCAUUUUCUGCAGCUAAUAGCUCUUUUCCUGUGUUUUUCUGGGAUGAGUCAAGCAGAACUCUCAAGGUCCAGAUCAAAGCCCUACUUCCAAUCAGGGAGGUCUCGGACCAAGCGCAGCUGGGUGUGGAAUCAGUUCUUUGUGCUGGAGGAAUACAUGGGUUCAGACCCCCUCUAUGUAGGAAAGCUUCACUCUGAUGUUGAUAAAGGAGAUGGUUCCAUCAAAUACAUCUUGUCAGGCGAAGGGGCAAGUUCCAUUUUCAUUAUUGAUGAGAACACUGGGGAUAUUCAUGCUACCAAGAGGCUGGAUCGCGAGGAGCAGGCCUACUACACGCUGCGAGCCCAAGCGCUGGACAGGCUCACCAACAAGCCCGUGGAGCCCGAGUCCGAGUUCGUCAUCAAGAUUCAGGAUAUCAAUGACAAUGAACCCAAAUUCUUGGAUGGGCCAUAUACUGCUGGAGUUCCUGAAAUGUCUCCUGUGGGGACGUCGGUGGUACAAGUGACAGCAACAGAUGCUGAUGAUCCUACGUAUGGCAACAGCGCCCGAGUGGUCUACAGUAUUCUACAAGGACAGCCAUACUUCUCAGUGGAACCAAAAACAGGAGUCAUCAAGACCGCCCUCCCAAACAUGGAUAGAGAGGCUAAAGACCAGUAUUUGCUUGUUAUUCAGGCAAAGGAUAUGGUUGGUCAAAACGGAGGACUCUCAGGAACCACGUCAGUUACCGUGACCCUAACUGAUGUCAACGAUAACCCUCCUCGCUUUCCUCGAAGGUCUUACCAAUAUAAUGUCCCAGAAUCAUUGCCAGUGGCCUCAGUUGUGGCCAGAAUUAAAGCUGCUGAUGCAGACAUAGGAGCUAAUGCUGAAAUGGAAUAUAAAAUUGUGGAUGGUGAUGGAUUAGGCAUUUUCAAGAUUUCUGUUGACAAAGAUACACAAGAAGGAAUCAUUACUAUACAAAAGGACCUGGAUUUUGAAGCCAAAACAAGUUAUACGCUACGGAUAGAGGCUGCAAACAAAGAUGCUGACCCUCGCUUCCUGAGCUUGGGGCCCUUCAGCGACACGACAACCGUGAAGAUCAUUGUGGAAGAUGUGGACGAGCCCCCUGUGUUUUCCUCCCCCUUGUACCCCAUGGAGGUGUCGGAAGCUACCCAGGUUGGGAAUAUCAUUGGCACUGUAGCAGCUCAUGACCCAGAUUCUUCCAACAGCCCUGUGAGGUAUUCGAUUGACAGAAACACGGACUUGGAGAGAUACUUCAAUAUUGAUGCCAACAGUGGAGUUAUUACAACCGCCAAAUCUUUGGAUCGGGAGACAAAUGCUGUUCAUAAUAUCACUGUCCUGGCCAUGGAGAGCCAGAAUCCAUCACAAGUAGGAAGAGGCUACGUGGCCAUCACUAUACUCGACAUCAAUGACAACGCCCCUGAAUUUGCCAUGGACUAUGAAACCACUGUCUGUGAAAAUGCCCAGCCAGGGCAGGUUAUCCAGAAAAUCAGUGCUGUUGAUAAAGAUGAGCCAUCCAAUGGACACCAGUUUUAUUUCAGCUUAACAACGGAUGCAACAAAUAACCACAACUUUUCAUUGAAAGAUAACAAAGACAACACAGCCUCGAUUCUCACCAGGAGAAAUGGCUUCCGGAGACAGGAGCAAUCUGUUUACUAUCUGCCCAUCUUCAUCGUGGACAGUGGCUCACCUUCACUCAGCAGCACCAACACCCUCACCAUCCGUGUCUGUGACUGUGAUGCGGAUGGGAUAGCGCAGACCUGCAACGCCGAGGCUUACAUCCUACCUGCCGGCCUUAGUACAGGAGCCCUGAUCGCAAUACUCGCCUGUGUCUUGACGUUACUGGUGUUGAUCCUCCUGAUUGUCACCAUGAGAAGACGGAAAAAAGAGCCCCUCAUUUUUGACGAAGAGAGAGAUAUCCGAGAAAAUAUUGUUCGAUAUGAUGAUGAAGGCGGGGGAGAGGAAGACACAGAAGCUUUUGACAUGGCCGCACUGAGAAACCUCAACGUCAUCAGAGAUACCAAGACUCGGAGGGAUGUGACUCCAGAAAUUCAGUUCUUGAGUCGACCGACUUUUAAAAGCAUCCCCGAUAAUGUCAUUUUUCGGGAAUUUAUUUGGGAAAGACUGAAAGAAGCUGAUGUUGAUCCCUGCGCCCCGCCUUAUGAUUCCUUGCAGACAUACGCAUUUGAAGGGAACGGCUCAGUAGCUGAAUCACUCAGCUCCUUAGAUUCCAUCAGCUCAAACUCUGAUCAGAAUUAUGACUACCUAAGUGACUGGGGACCUCGUUUUAAACGACUUGCAGACAUGUAUGGAACUGGCCAGGAGAGUUUGUACUCAUAGCCCUGGAACCUUAAUUUGAAAUGUACUGAAGGAAAAGUAAAAGCAAAAAACACCACUACAUACAGAAAAUAAGAACUCCACUUUCUAGAGGAAAUAGUUGUAAAUAUGUCUCCAUUUUUACCUGUUUCGGUUUCUGCCUGGGUGAAGCAGAUCUGCAUUAGACUUAUCCAAGGGACUGCACUGACCACAGACUCUGAGCAUUGGAAGGCUUUUUGAUAAAAAGAAAUGCUCAGUGGUUUGUGAAUAGAUAGCAACUCUCAGAUACCUGCAAAGGCACCUAACCUCUAUGAGUUAAGUAGUGCCCUGUGUUAUCAGCGAACCAAGGAUGCCCUGUACAUGCCUUCAUGGUACUGCCAAUGAGAGGAAUAGAACACCAUGUGCCAUUGAAAAGUUCUGGAACUUCCUGCAUAUCAAAACUUGGGACAAAUUUAAUUUACAGUGAUGCUUUUAGCUUGCUAGAUUAUAGACUCCAGCAGACUUUUAUUGCUGUUGGUUAGCAAAUUAUAUUUUAUUUAGUAAUAUAUAAAUUCUUAGAAAUCCUCCCCAAUGCAAGCCAAUAAAAUUUGGUUUAAGGCAACAUAAACCGUUGUUAGGGAAAUAAAUUAUGAAGUGUUCCAAAUAAGAAAAAGGUAAAUCAUUCUUAAAGUUUGCAAUCGUUUUGAGAUGCUUGUGUAGGUAUGAAAAAAAGUUGCUGUCUAUUCGUUGACUUUUAUUAUCUCUUCUGAUUUGUACAGGAGAAUAUCUUUUCUUUUUUAUUUGACACAUGGUGUUAUCGUUAUUUUGGAGCUCCAAUCUCCACUAAAUUCAGGUCCAUCUUACUGCCUCAUAGUAUAAGCUCGUCAGAACAUGCUGAUUUUUCUUCAGUCUGAGCUACACAAAAGAAAUGAAGCAUGGAAAUGGAGAAAAAAUGGUGCUGCAAUUGAGCCCUGUUGCAGUUCACAUCUCAGACAGGAGCAGAGCUACAAGGAUGCAUAAGUUGUGUGAGCCAUUAGAAUGUGCAAAACAUUGGAAUAAAAUAUUUGUAUUUUAGAAAGAUUUCAGAGAGAAUUGAGAAUUUCUUUGAAGCAAGAUUUAUUUUUCAACGUUGUAGAUGCUCCAGACUCCAAACUCUUUUGCUGUAUACAUAUUGAGUAAAAGACUGAUUUUUUUAAAUAUAUAUCUUAAACAAUGUAAUGUUAUAAAUUUGAAAACCCAUCUUUAAAUUCUGAUGCAAAUGUGUUCCUCAAGAAUUAACCAAGCAAUGUAUAAUUUCUCUACUGGUUUAGAUGUGCCAAAGUGAGGAGAACAAUUUCAAAUGAUCAUGUGUGUUUAAAUUUGAGACGGGCUUCUUAGAAGAAGAAUUUUAUGACUAAAAUGAUAUUGCCACUUUAUCAUCUUUUCCUAGAUUACUACUAGUUGAAUGUGUGCAUAUUCAGUAAGAAUGGAGUUUUUUCUUUCUUUUCUUUAAAAAAGAAUUUAUUGUUGGAUUCCUAAGAAAUCUACCGAUAGUGGACACUGGAUAGGAAAUUAUGUUCUAAAAGUGCUUCUUUCUGAAAGACAAACACUAGAACCAGAAUUUCAAUAUUUUGAUUACAUGAGGAGAAACUACGUAGGAUUCUGUAAAAUUGCAGCCCACCUUUAGAAAUGAAGUAUGUGAAAGUGGCCUUCAGCUUCAUCAAAAUAAAUAAUUCAGUCAAUCCAAUUAUCUGCAAACAGUCCUUUGAUUUGAAUAAAGUUUUGUAGGCACUGUUUCAUGUCUAGCUAGAUAUGCUUCUUGCUGUAUUAAUAUACAUAUGAUGAAAAAACAACUUUGUAACAGAGGAAAAGAUGCUGUUCAUGACUUUUAGUCACACAUGUUAGUAAGUUUUUCAAAUAAAUAAAAAACAAAACCAUAGUACACUUACCUAAGUCAAUAAAAUCAGAGUGUGGUGCAGGAAUUAUAUAGGUGUUAAAUCAGCAAGAUGCUGAGAAAACAGUUUUGCAAUACUCUCGCUGUUGUCUGCAAGAAGAUAAAAUAGUUUAGUACAUUCAGAUUGUGAUGUCAAAACUGCUGAUUGUUGCACAUAUCACUAAAGGAGGUUUGAAUGAAUGUAUUUUAGAAAAAGAACAUCAUUAUCACUCACCGUACUUUCUCUCCUUUAAAAGUAUAUAUAUUUUUUUGUUUUUUUAAAUUUUUUUCUCAUAUUUGCUAGUAAUAAGUUGGUAAAAGAAAGGCUCAAAUUUAAAUAAAGAUAUGAAAUUCUUUCAUAUACCCAAUUGCUAUUUUAUGUAUGGAAGAUUAUAUCAAUAGAGUAUUGAACUUGAUUCAAUGGUAUUUUUAAAAAAUGCUUGAUAUGGCUGGAAGAAUAUCCCUUAUAUUAAGAUGGAUUUAUAUGAAGUACUCUAGCCAAGCUCAGUUGUAAUAGUGGUGAAUUUGUUAGUUUUCUGUUUUCCUCUGAAAUCUGAUGCUGUAUAUGAAUAUCUGACAUAACACUUGAGAGAGAAGCUGUUUUAAGCCAGAACAACUGACAAAAUCAAUGUUAAAGCUGGUUAGGAGAUUCUCCAAACACAUUUAAAAAAUUAUUAUUCAGUCACUAAAAUUCAGUGGUGUACUGGAACCAGCUAGAACCAACUCCCAAGAACCAGUUAUGCACAUCUCUUCCCAAAUUCACUUCUAGUGAUAUUUUCGUAGGUCAGCAUGGUGGUAAUAUUUAGACCACCUUGGAAAUCAGCAAACACUACCGUUUUGUUUUUUUUUCUACAGAACCAGUUAAAUGCCAACACUCCACUACUUAAAUUACUUUAUAAAAGGAAACCUCAUGAUUGUAAAUAUAGUAUGAAUGACUAGAAUAUCAAAUAACGACGUGGAAGGAAUUUAUGCUCUAUCCUACUACUAAAUAUGGAUGCAAGUGGUAGUGAUUUCCUAGUAUCAAAUCCUUGGAGCUAAAGUAGAAAAUUAGAGGAUCCACUUCAUUAUGGGAAACAAUGGCUUAAUAAUUUCAAGGGCAGACAAUAGUUUAGGAAGCCAGUAAGUUUAAAUGUUUCCCAUUUAUCCAUAUGGGAGCACCAUUAGAAACUCAAAAUGCGCAAAGUAAUGCAAGUUUUGAACAAUUUAAUUAUUUGCAUUUUACUUGUUAUUGACCAUGUCAAGGAAUUAUGCCCAAACCUCUAUUCUGAAUUAUCAUUGCGUAAUUUUACUAGAUAAAGAAUAUGAAAACUAAAUUUUAUCAAGAAAGUGACUUGCACAGAUCAAGCCUAAAUUAUCAUUCUGGAUUCACAAAUCAAUCUUUAUGGUAAAGCAACAUCUUAAAGUCAGCCGCAGACCAAAAUCAGGAACGAGACAACAAGAGUAGCUAUGUGCAGGCAAUGAGUAGAUCUUUCUACAAGCAAUUACCUAGGAAAAAGGUCAACUUUUUCCCUUGAAAUGAAGCUCAGCUGAGGCUGACUGUCUUUAGUUAGAGACCUGCUAGACACAGGCAGGAUGCAAGAAUGUUUUCACUGCCUUUUCACUCUGCCCUCUGAGAAUCUUUUAAAUUAUUUUAACUUCAAGCACUAUUAUGUUUACUACACUGGACGAUAGCAGGCCUCAGCACUUAUUCUGAUGUAAAUGGUGUAGUCAUACAAGGUUUGAGAGAUAGUUGUGGUAUGGCCCACCUACCCAAACAAACUUAUGUGCAAAUAAAUAGACGACUGUUAGCAUUAUAUUCAAACAUAAAAACUAAAGAAGCUUAAAGUUAAAGGUAGUGCAAGAGGCAAAAACAAUUUCGUUUAAAUAUUUUAAGUUUUUAAGCACUAGCUAUAAACAUUGAUCUCCAAAUUUUCAAUUUUAAUUUGACAUCUAUUAACUUACAAACUGUUUUCAUUACCUUAAUUGUUUUUAAAUCACUAUUUAAAGGUUUAUUUACAGUUGAUCUAAUUAAAAUUGAUUAAAAGAAAGCUUCAGCUUAAGCCUAACUCUUUCUGGUCACAGAUGGCUGGAGGCAAUGCGAUGUAUAUGACAAUAGAUAAGGAAAUUCAUUUUCUGUUCCUCUGUGUUGUUUAUUUAAUCUUAAAUAUAUAGGCAGUUCUUUUUAAAUUAUUAAUAAUGUAUAUUGUGUGUAUAUACGAUGGUGUAUGAAAAUUUGGCAAGGAAAACUAAUACAGUAAUAUUAGCUGUCUAAUCAUCAUCAUAAUCAAAAGAGAAAGAAAGGAGUAAGAGCACUUACAUUUUGAGUGUAAUUGAAAUUGUUUCAGAGGAGUGGGAUUAAGAAAAAUGGGAGUUACCUGAGGCUGUAAAUUGUCAGACAUUGUAAAGAUUAAUUUCAGGGGUAAUUUUUCAAACAAAAACAAGAUAGCAAGUGUGUGUGACAUUCUGACACUUUUUUAUUGUUAUCCUAACUUGUGCUGGCUCAGAGUUUUACUGAAAAGGACAUUGUGUGUGAGUAUGUGUGUGUGUGAGUGUGUGUGAGUUUGGGGGCAUUGGGAAGUACAUCUGAAGCGACCUUAAGAAAAUAGUCUAAUAUUACCUUGUUAAUGCCAGUUUGUCAUUAACAAACUGCCAUUUGGCAAAUAUCUGUUAGUCUGUUAGGCAGUAAGACUAGAAAAUCACAUACUAACUGAAGGGAGCAAUAUUGUAUUUGCUUUAAGAAUCUAACUUAAAUUAGGAGAAAGAUUUUGAUGUUAAGGGCAGAGCAUUUAGCUGAACUCUCUGGAUAAUUGUUUCAUUUUAUUGUGUAGAUGCGAUCUUAUUGUUAACACAGAACAUGGGGUGUGAAUUAUUUAUUAUGGAAUGUCGCUGGGUUCUGGCCGUUUGAGCAUCAGUGUGGUGUACUAGGAAGUACCGCUAGUCUGUGGUUAUAAAAUCUGGGUCAGAAGCCAGUUCCAGCACCCUUUGCUGUGCCCUGGAUGCCAUGCAAAUUCUCUGAACCUUUAUGUCUAAAUGAUUAAAAUUGAGUUAAUUACUAUCCUGUCUGUUUCAGAGGCUUGUGAGAUGAUUAAGUGAAAGUGCUGUGUAAACUGUAAAGCACUGUAAAAAUGUAACAUUUUAUUAUGGAAAUUAUGUAAUAAGUUGAUUAUAUUUAUAUUUGUUGUUAUAUGGUAAACACAGAUAAUUUGUUUUUGGAAAUAUGCAGUAAAGAAAAGAAUCCAUGCAAUUAGUAUCCUAAAUGGGAAAAGAAUAUUCAAAGAGAUGAUUGGCAUAAUUAAUUGAUGCCAAUAUUCAAAAACAAUCAUAGGGUCUUUAAAGAUUGGAGUCUAACUCAAACUCAUUCAAUCAUGAAUAAUAAUUAAUGAUAUCAGCGUGGGCAAAAGAUUACAAAUAAAGAGCAAUUCUUUUCCACUCAUGACGAUGACUCAGUGGAAGAUGAGCACCUUUAGAGGAUCCCAGCCUCGCCGUGGCUCCCAAAUGCACGGGAACAAAGACAAUUCAAAGACAGUGAUGACUGCGAGUUAGGUGACCUCUCAGACCUCCGGAGGAGAUGGAGAAAGUGAGAUCUAGAGAAUUCAGUCGUUCUGUCAGGCAUGAGUGGCAUAUGUAUAAUUAAUAAUUUAUACAUUUCCUAGAAUUAGAGUACAGUAUUAUUCACUUAACCUGAAACAUCCUGUACUCUUGUUUUGAUGACUCAAAAAGCACUUCCAAGAUCUUGCAGUAGCUCAUUUUAGCCUUUAUAAAUGAAAAAGCUAUUGGAGAUUAAAAAAAUAGUAUACACAGGAUAUUGCUGUUUAGUCAGUGAUGGUCUACUCAUCAAAUGAGUGUUAAUAAGCCUUCUACUCAGCUUUAGCUAUCAGUGAUCUGGUUACUUGAAGCUCAUGUAAACAAGCAUUAUACACAAACACAUUAAUGGUCAUGUCACUAUUGAUAAUAUUGAGAAGUACAGCAUACUCACACUCAAAAACAUUAACUCUUACAUUGUCAUUGCAUUAAUUAAUGAAAUUAUGCUAGUGGCUUAUAUUUCUAUAAGCAGGAAAAAUUAUAUGAUUCACCUGCUUCAUGCUAUAUUUUUGGUGAGUAUCAGCACUAUGUUUUUUGUAUAUCAAGAUCUGGAAUAUGUUGUAUGUUGAAUACAACCAAUACUUCAAAAGUAAUUAACUUUUUAAAUCAACAGGUCAGUUAAAUAUAUAGCAAUUGCAUUUUACCUGUAAUAAUAAUUUUAAAGGCAAAAAAUAGGCAAAAGAACUCACUACACAAGUUUAAUAUAUUAGGCUUCAAAUUGCGUAUAUUUUAUAUUAAAUAUAUUGAGCAUUCACACACAAACACAAUUUGAGGCUAAAUGUUAAAGUAAAGCAAAUGGCUUUUGACAUUUUAAUUUUCUAAGGUAACAUGGCUAUCAGAUCCAACCUCUCCAGUUAUGAGGGCAUGCUGAAGAAACACUGCACAUUUGUAAAGCUGUUCUUUUACUAUAGAUUUCAGAAAUUCUUUCACAAAAUUUAGAGAAAUGAGCCAUUAAUAUAAGUAAAAUAUCCAGCAUAACUUUCAGUGAAGCUAUAGCUACAUAUUUAUGAGACUCUAUUACAAUUAUAUUAAAAAGAAUCAAACCCAUUUUUUUCUACAAUGUUUUUGCUUACCUAAGAUUCAUUUGAAUAAAUAGACAUAAAAGUUUCGAAAAUGCUAAUUCAAUUGACCACAAAAUCGAUCCUAAAAUUCCAGUUCCAUUUAGCCCUGGAAAUGAGACAUUAAGUAAAAACUUGAGGUUUGAACGUAUGUCAGAAACUGAAGAGACCAUUUUAGUUCAGCUCAAAAACUGCCUUUCAGGAAGAUAGUUUCCUAGAGUAUUAGGUAUUUGAGAUUUUUUUUAGCAGAUAGAGUAAAUAAACUACUGUUUCAGAACUAUACCAGUGUAUAGCUGUAUACAAACCAUGCAGUGAAUAUGAAUCAAGUCAGGAAACCAAGCAGUGACAAUGGAAGAGCCCAGUUUAUUGCCACAUUUUCUUGAUGUGUGCUUUGCUGUGUUUAAAAAAUUUACGGAAAAUUGUUUCAAAUUAAGAUAUUAUGGAAGAAAAUAAUUUCCCAAAUUCCAGUUAACUCAAAAGACCUGAGACACUGCAAUGCCUAUUUUUAUAGUCCUCAUUCUCAACUGUGACGGUAAUACCAACUUGACUUCCAAUUUAUAUCUCCUGACAACUUGGUACAGAAAACGAGUCCUCUUGUAAUUAAAGUUUUAUGUUUUCUUCUAAGUGACUGACUUUUUAAUAUAAAAUAUCUUAAUAAAAUUUUUUCAUCGAUAUGUCAUUUUUAGUUUCAGAACAAACUAAUGUAAUAAGUGAUUUGAAUUUUCUUACAAACCUGUGAAUUGCCCAAGGAAGGCAUUGUCAUACCAUUUUUAAUGAAGAAACAUUGAAGCCCAGAAUAAUUGUAAUUUAUCCAAGGAAACACAUGAAGUAAGUGGUAAAGACGAAAGAAGAAAAAACAACUUGAGAUUUUGCUCAUUAUAUUUUCUAUUAUCAUAGACCUUCAAAAAAAUAGUGUUCUGGUUUGGGAGGAUAAGAAGAGAGUUGAAAUUCAUUUCAAAAUCAGACUCUCCAAUCUUAAUUAGGCUUUAGUUUCCUUACAAAGAGUGUGAGAAUUCUUUAUUUAUUCUUUUAAAAAAAAUCCUAAUUGGGAAAAUGGCAUUAAAUUCUGUGUUUCAAAGUAACAAGAAAAAGAAAUAUGAAUAUUGCUGCUAAGCUGGCACUUCAUCGCUAUGUUGCAAUCCAUUGCCUAUUAUGAGGGAUUCAUUAUCCUAAGAAUGGACAAUAUCAUAGCAAUAUGGCGGACUAGAUAUGCUGAGGGCCACCCUCUCUGCAUAUUGCUAUACUUUUCACUGCAUUGUUGCUUACAAAAUUGCUUAAAAAAUAUAAGGAAAAUGCCACCAAGCCUUACACUUUUGCAAAAAGAAAGAAAAAUUUUAAGAAAGAAAAAGCUGGAUACCUUGAAGGUGAACUAUAAACAAACAGGGACCCUGAAGUUGCUCUGUGGGCAGCUGUCAACCAGUGCUGGGCUUGUGGAAGGCAGCAAGACACCUGCAUUAAGCCAGGACCCACCACAGGGUUAACAUCAUUUGAGGCCAGUUGUGCCCCUAGCUCCCAGAGUAUCUUCAAUCAAAUAUGAAUAAACAAUUAAAAAUCACCAAACACAGAAAACAAACCACCAUGAAUCAGAUGGUUCACAGAAACCCUCAAGUACUUCAGAUAUUGGAAUUAUCAGAAACAAAAAGAAAAAUCCAUGUAUAAAAUGUUUAAAGAAAGAGGGAAUGAAACAGGAAUAAUAAAGAGAUUAUCAGUGAUGGAGAAGUACUUACAAAAGAACCAAAUUGUACAUUUAAAAAUGAAUAAUACAGUCUUUGAAGCUGAAAAGUCAAUGGAGAGAGCAUAUACUACUACAUUUGACACUGCACAAGAGAGACUUGAUAAAAUAAGAGAUAGAUUGGAAGAAAUCAGCUAGGCUGCAGCUUAAAGAGAUAAGGACGAGGAUAAAAUGUGGAGGUCUAACAUACCUUUAACCAUUGUGAUCUCUGUUAUUCAGAAUUUCAGUAGACUAUUUCAUUGCCUUAUUUGACUCCCAUCUUUGAGUGAUGGUUUAACUUUGCCUGAGGCCUCCUCUGUCUGACUUUACAGCAACCUACAACUCUACACUACACAGUUUGAUUUAUUCAGCUAAUGAUCCAUUUAACAAAUAUUGUUAUAAAUGUAAGAAACCUCAAUUCUAGUGAAAAUAAAUUGUGUACAUUCAUCAAAACUUGUGGCACACCUAUGAAAAGUGAGCAGGAUGCCUAAGCAACUUGAAUUAAAGUCAGAUAACUAAA